AGUAUGAUAUGAUAUGCUUGUAAACUACUCCAACAAUAAUCAAGCGUGAAACUAGAACACAUCGUUAUCAUCGACAACGUGGCAAUCAGCCAAGAUCUAGUGGACACGUUUCAUGACAGGCUCUCGAGCGAAAUGUGAUUGACCGUCAGGACAGAGGCAGCCGCGGACCCACGUGGAUACCGUGCUCCAAUCCGGGUUUCCAUUAGAUUCUCGGGGCCCGGCUGCUCCAGUGGCCACACCCCCUUCUCCUAUAUAAACCCGCACACCCCCAACCGUGAGGUCCAUGUCAAAUUUUCCCACUCACUCUUGUUAUCUCGGCUAGCUCCUCCUCGGCUCGAUCCCUUCCUUCUCACAUCGAUCCCUUUCUCAUUCCAUCCAUCCACAGUUCUUGUGGGAACCCAAGGAUCGAUCCUGAAGGGGACGUCCCGGCCGAGACAGCAGAAUAUCAAGCAGAGAGCAGCACGACACCGAGAGAGCCAUCAGCUUCUUCUCGGUUGGUCUCAUCCACCUACGAGCACCGGCCAAUGCGCAUGCCUCUGUAAGACUGCAACGCUAGAGCAAGAAGCCAUGGAGCUCAAGGCGAUGUACCUGUACGCCGCCGUGCUGGCCGUGCUCCUCUGUUCGUCGGUCAACUUCAUCCAGAGCCCCACCGACGUGCUCGGCCCGGUCGCGCUCCUCGAGCCGACGCCGUCCUCCGCGCGGGACUUCGGCGCCGUCGUCUCCGACGCGCCGUUCGCCGUCAUGCGGCCUGAGUCCCCCGACGACAUCGCGCUCCUCCUGGGCGCGCUGUCUUCGACGGCUCCGAGCCCGAGGGCGACCGUUGCAGCGGUCGGCGCGGGCCACUCGCUCCACGGCCAGGCACAGGCGCGCGACGGCAUUGUGGUGGAGACACGCGCCCUGCCGCGCGACGUGCACGUGGUGUCGGCGCGGGCGCACGGAGGCGACGACGAUGCCACCGUGCGCGCGUACGCCGACGUCGGGGCCGGCGCGCUGUGGGUGGAGGUGCUGGAGGAGUGCCUCAAGCUCGGCCUCGCGCCGCCGUCGUGGACGGACUACUUGUACCUCACCGUAGGCGGGACGCUGUCCAACGGCGGCAUCAGUGGCCAAACGUUCAAGCAUGGCCCCCAAAUCAGCAAUGUCCUGCAGCUUGAGGUCGUCACAGCAGGUAAAGGGGAGGUGGUGACAUGCUCCCCCACCGAGAUCCCCGAGCUUUUCUUCGCAGUUCUCGGUGGGCUCGGCCAGUUCGGCAUUAUAACAAGGGCAAGGAUUCCACUCCAACUUGCCCCUCCCAAGGUGAGAUGGGUGAGGGCCUUCUACGACAGCUUCGAGACCUUCACCGGGGACCAAGAGCUGCUGGUCUCAAUGCCGGAGCAGGUGGACUAUGUUGAGGGGUUCAUGGUGCUGAACGAGCAGUCGCUGCAUAGCUCCUCCGUUGCCUUCCCUGCUCAGCUCAACUUCAGCCCGGACUUCGGCUCCAAGGGCAGGAAGAAGGUCUACUACUGCAUCGAGUUCGCAGUGCACGAUUUCCAGCAAGACAGCUCCAGGGCAGACCAUGUUGUGAAGCUGGUUUCAGCGAAGCUGAGUUACUUGAGGCCCCACGUGUACAGUGUGGAGGUGUCCUACUUCGACUUCCUGAACAGGGUUAGGAUGGAGGAGGAGAGCCUGAGGAGCCGAGGACUUUGGGACGUGCCUCACCCAUGGCUCAAUGUGUUCGUGCCAAAGCACGGCAUCACCCAGUUCAAGGGCUUGCUCAUGGACACCGUCUCGGCGGACGACUUCGAGGGACCCAUCCUCGUAUACCCUCUUCUCACUGAUAAGUGGGACGGGAACACGUCGGCGGUGGUGCCGGCGGCGCCGGACGGGGUGAUGUACAUCUUCGGCGUGCUCCGGUCGACCGACCCAGCGCGGUGCGGCCGCGCGUGCGUGGACUCGAUCAUGGCGCGGCACCGCCGCGUCGCCGACGAGGCGUGCCGUGAUGGCGGCGGCGGAGGCCGCGGCAUCGGCGCGAAGCAGUACCUGGCGCGGCAGCCGUCGCCGGCGCGCUGGCGCGACCACUUCGGCGCGGGCUGGGGCCGGUUCGCGGCCCGCAAGGCCCGCUUCGACCCGCUGCACGUUCUUGGGCCGGGCCAGGGCAUUUUCCCAAGGACGGAUUCCGCGGGUUCGAUGUGAUAGCGCCGGCCCGGCAAGGGUGGCGUCACAUAAUCAUCAGUUCAUCACGUAGGUAGUCGAGGACGUACGUAGGUAGAUGUUGCUAGCUGCGAUGACAUUUUUCAGGCUGACUCAUCAGUAGGCGUGUCUGUGAAGAGUGUUCAUUGCAUGCUUAUAAGUUUGUAAUGCUGUUUAGGUGAUUAUUUGUGGGCCGCAAAAGUAUUUGCGAGAGGAAGCGCCUCGCCCAUGGCUUUUCUCAAUUUCUAUUAGGCCCUGUUUAAAUUCUUCGAUUA